CUGUCUUGAAGUAUGCAGCUGCACAAUAUAGCAGCAUGCAAUAUUUAUUUCUGCAUAAUCUGCAGAAAUAACAUCAUUUUGUUAUGACUAGACUUUUAGUUUCUAGUUCCAUGAUAUUAUGAUACUAGUCACAGUAAUAGUGUGACUAUUUAAGUUACGUUACAAAUAGCCUGAUAAAGUGUCCAGCAGUGUACAGAAUCAGCAGUCCGCAGUCCGUCCUCUUCACUACACAAACAUGUUCGCUUUAAGACCGAGCUGUAUCUGUCUCAACUCUGUCCAUCAACUCCCAGGCUGGACAGCCCCCCCCCCCCACACACACACACACACAGCUGUCCUGACUGGGCGGGGUGAGCGCAUGUUCCUCCCUGGCUCCUAUGGCAACCCCAUAAUUGGCUCCAUCUAUAUCCACGUUAUUAGAAGGCACAGGAGGCUGAUGGAUGAGUGAUGUCAGUGAACGUCGUGUCCAGCUGCGUGCAUGUGUGUGUGUGUCAUCACCUUGUACUGGCAGGGAGCUCUGAUAUUUUGGGGAGGUGGAGAUCAUGCUUUGUCAUUGAGGAGCUCAGCAGCAGCAGCAGCUCCGGCUCCCUCCACUCCGGCACGUCCGAUGCUCAGCAUGCUGCAUCCUGAUGCGCUCUCGUCUGCACGUUACCGUGGGCUUACUUGGAUUUACACGCAUUCCUCGUGUGUUGAGCGUCAGAUUUGAAGCAGACUCGUUUUGUUGACGCAUCUCAAUGUUUGGAGCAGCAGAGACAGGCACGUCCCAAGUGUCAAAUGAGAUACGACCUACUGUCCUGCGGAUGCGCCUUUACUAUUUUACCUCCAGCUGCGCCCCCAAGUGAAUGAGAUUCAUGGUUUUUCCUUUUACUUAUCCGGACUAUCCUAAGAGCACAUUUGUUCCCUUCCUUCAAAAUGGAAAAAUUCCAGUCUUCCAUGCGCAAACGGCUGUACAGCUUGCCGCAAAAUAUUGGGCAAAAAUCACCAGUGAUUGACGAAGGAGACGGGGACAAGGACACUAAGAGGAAAAGUAUUCGGUUGAAACAUUUGUCCUCUCUGUCUCCUGCCAGCAGCUGCAGGAGCUUUGAGGAGGCCAGGAGCGAACACUUGGAGAGGGAUGUUAUUGUGAAGACCAACUUGAACGGGGACUGUCGCUUAUUCAGGGGCAGCAUCUCCUCCGUCACCGGGCGACAUCCUCCCGGGUCAGACCCAGCCGAACAGCAGCGCCUCAUCCCGGAGGCUGACACCGGUGUCAGUGAGAGUUUCCCCUGUGAACUCGGCGCCGGGGCCCAGCAGCGGGCAGCGGGGGGAGCGGGUGUCGCAGCCGGACAAGCAUCUGAGUUUGAACAGCCAGGUUUCAUCAAGCUGGAGGUCGCCGAGCAGUUAAUACCUGAAGAUGAUCGCCUGUACCAAGCCGGAUUCAUGCACCGGCAGUUUGGCGCCAUGCUUCAGCCCGGUGUCAACAAGUUCUCCCUGCGGAUGUUGGGCAGUGAGAGGGCCGUGGAGCACGAGCGGGAGCGGGUCAAGUCUGCUGGCUUCUGGAUAAUCCACCCGUACAGUGAUUUUAGGUUCUACUGGGAUCUGACCAUGCUGCUGCUGAUGGUCGGGAACCUCAUCAUCAUCCCUGUGGGCAUCACCUUCUUCAAGGACGAGCACACGCCGCCCUGGAUCGUCUUCAACGUGUUGUCCGACACCUUCUUCCUCAUAGACCUGGUCCUCAACUUCCGCACAGGCAUCGUCAAGGAGGAUAACACAGAGAUCGUCCUGGACCCACAGAAGAUCAAGAUCAAGUAUCUGAAGAGCUGGUUCGUGGUGGACUUUAUCUCCUCCAUACCUGUGGACUACAUCUUUCUCAUCGUGGAAACUCGCAUCGAUUCCGACUUUUACAAGACGGCCCGGGCUCUGAGGAUCGUACGUUUCACCAAGAUCCUCAGUCUGCUGCGGCUGCUGCGACUCUCCCGACUCAUUCGCUACAUCCACCAGUGGGAAGAGGUUUUCCAUAUGACCUAUGAUCUGGCCAGCGCUAUGGUGCGUAUCAUGAACCUGAUUGGUAUGAUGCUGCUGCUGUGUCACUGGGAUGGCUGUCUUCAGUUCCUGGUGCCCAUGCUCCAGGACUUCCCUCCUGACUGCUGGGUCACCAGAAACAAGAUGGUGAAUGACACAUGGGGUCAGCAGUACUCCUACGCCCUGUUCAAGGCCAUGAGUCACAUGUUGUGCAUCGGGUACGGCCUGCAUCCGCCCAUCGGCAUGGCAGAUGUGUGGCUCACCAUCCUCAGCAUGAUCGUGGGCGCUACCUGCUUCGCCAUGUUCGUCGGGCAUGCGACUGCACUCAUUCAGUCUCUGGACUCGUCUAGGCGACAGUAUCAGGAGAAGUAUAAACAGGUGGAGCAGUACAUGUCUUUCCACAAGCUCCCGGCCGACAUGCGUCAGAGGAUCCAUGACUACUACGAACACCGUUAUCAGGGCAAGAUGUUUGACGAGGAAAGCAUUUUGGAGGAGCUGAACGAGCCACUGCGAGAGGAGAUCAUCAACUUCAACUGUCGUAAACUGGUGGCCUCCAUGCCUCUGUUCGCCAACGCGGAUCCAAACUUUGUCACCUCCAUGCUGACCAAGCUGCGCUUUGAGGUCUUCCAGCCGGGCGACUUCAUCAUUAGGGAAGGAACCAUCGGGAAUAAGAUGUACUUCAUCCAGCACGGCGUUGUCAGUGUUCUAACCAAGAACAGCAAAGACACCAGGCUGACGGACGGCUCCUACUUUGGAGAGAUCUGUCUGUUGACGCGAGGCAGGAGGACAGCCAGCGUGCGAGCAGAAAACUACUGCCGGCUCUACUCUCUGUCAGUGGACAACUUCAAUGAGGUGCUGGAGGAGUAUCCCAUGAUGAGGAGAGCCUUUGAGCUGGUGGCCGUCGACCGCCUCGACCGCAUCGGUAAGAGGAACUCUGUUCUUCAGCACAAUGUCCAGCACCAUCAGAGCUCUGGCACACUUAAUCUCCAAGAGACUGAGAUUAUCCAAAGAAUCGUGCAACAUGACCGUGACAUGGCCGAAUGCACCCCGCUGAUCCAGACCGGCAUGGCACACAAUCUUCCUUCUCCACCGUCGCCCACCCCUGUUAUCUGGGCGCCGUUGGUUCAGGCUCCGCUCCAGGCCGCUGCAGCCACUACUCCACUGGCUCUGGCUUUAGCUCACCAUUCCCCCUUUCCUCCAAUUCUCUUCCACCAUCCUGUGGCUCCAGACUCUGUGUCUGUGAAGGACCACAGCAGUCAUCCAAAGAGAGCUCACGUUGGAGUGAACACCUCCAGCAGCUGUGGUUCAGGGCCCGGCUCUCCUGCCAGCUGCACCAAAUUCCACUAUGGGGUUGAGACUCCUAUACAGACCGCUCUCAGGACACAGAAUCCCUCUAGUGGGCCAGUGUUUCCCCCGCUGAAGUCCCAUUCCAUCUUCACUAGCGGCCUGCAGCCCCUGACCCCUCUGCCCACUCACCAGCCCACACACCAUCCACCACACUCUGGCAUCGCCUCAGCUUUCCCCAUCAGCCAAUCCACUGUCUCUUACAGUUGCUCUGCUCAGCUCCGUUCCCAGCCUUUCCACAGUGUUAUGACCUCCCCACCCCACCCAAUAAGUUUACUCCAGCAGGUGGCACCAAGGAGGCAUGCAGGAAGAUUCCCUGCACCUUCUGCCUCCACCAUAAGCCCUCUGAUCUGCAGCUCAGUCACCCCCAUACUAAGCCAUCUGCAGCAGAAUUCUCACCCCACCCUACAGCAAAUGACAUCCAGCCACGACAGAGCAGGCAGGACACCUAGUGGUCUGAAUGUCGCAAAUUUACCCUUCAUCACCAGCACUCCACCCUCCAGUGGAUUCAUGCAGGCAGCGUCUGUGGCAGGAGCCGCUUCCUCUCUGGCCCAGCACAGUCUUGCAGGCCUCCAGUCUAUUUUCCUCCCCCAGGUUCUUCCCGAGCACUCGGCCCUGGCUUCACUGGCGCAGUACGGCUCUGCAGAAGCCUCGCCCUGCUACACGCCACCACUCCAGAGUCCCAGUGUGCAAAGCCCUGUGAGGGGAAGGACGGUGUACCACAGUGAGACCCCCAGCACUGUGGACCCUCAUAGCCCUCUAACCUCUCUAACCCCUCAAACCUUGUGCCCAUCCACGGUGGCCUGUACCCUCAAUGAGAGGGCAGAGUCCGCGGUGAAUCUCUUUACCCAGGAAGUAAAGACCAUCUCAGGCUCUCACAGCUCUGUAUACCAGGAAAGGCCUUUGGCCAUGAGCAGCUCCUCAGAUGGGGCAUCAGUAAGGGCAUCAAGCCCCCUCUCUUCCUCCAGCAAACCCUUCAGUCCCAUCCCAGGUCAAACCACUCCCAUCAGUCGGACAAAUUCAGGACCUGAACCUCAGAAACAGCCCGUCGGUGUUCACUCCCCCCACGUUCGAUCACCCUCCAAGAUGUUAGAGACAGAACACAAACAGUCCAAACUUCCUUCCAAUUUGUGAGGUUCAGACACACCCUCCUUCAAUGCCUGAACAAAAGAGAGAAUCUCCCAAUCCUGGUGUUGUUUUUAUUCACCUGCUUUGUUGAAAUUUGAAGUAGGAGGGUGUGUUAUUCUAAACCAGACUGAGGAUCGUUGAUAACAGUUAAUCAGAGUGGAUGGAUCGUGGACAUUGCUGGACAAUGACGAGUUUGUUUUGGUUUUUUAAAGAAUAUUGUUUCUUUGAAAAUAAAUCAAUCAGUGAAUAAAUGGAAGGUAUAUACAUUUAGCACCUCAUGAAAAUGUCAGUUCUAUGUAUUAUAUUAUAACCAAACCCUUGGUUAUUUGUUUAAAAAAAACAUUGUCCAGGCAAUAGUGUGUAACUUUUCAGUCCUGCCCAUUUAGUUGGGAAAUUGUCCCCGUCUGUGUCCCCAUCAGUCAUGAUUGAAACCAAAAUUAUUGUCCUUUUUUAAAAUACUUUCCCAUUACU